GAGAAACGGCGUGCUGCUUCACUGUGCUAUGAAGUGUCAGUGAACACCGCAAUACAGGAAAAACCGAAUACAGCUCAUUCCUUACCAUACGUGGGAAAAACGAGUGAAGAACCGAAGCGGUUUCAUUCAGAUGCUGCAGUUUGUUUUGUCGUGUAGCCCAGCAGCAGCAGCAGAUCUGUGGAGAGCCGGACUGAAACUGCGCAGCGCUGCCCGUGCGAGGCGGAGAGGAGACGCAUCUGAAACAUUCACAUCAAACUUCUCAACCCACCGACACCUUUACUAAAUAAAACAUGGAAUAGACGGACGCCGAGAGAACCCCAAUAACACAAAUUGAUGUUUUCUGCUGAAAAACCGACAGAGAGGAAGAAACUGAAGCGUUAAAUCAGCAUCAAGCUCUGUGGUGGAUUGAAAGAAGGAGCCCAAGAUGUCUGUACCGGUGUUCUGUAAAAUGUUUGACUGUCUUCAGGGGGCUUCAGCUGAGAUAGGAUCUAGACCUCUGAUUCCCUCGUCUGCAGGAUCUGCAGCUCUUCUAGAUCAUCACCUCCUUCAUCCAGACCCGCUGAAUGUGUUGGCAAAAGCCCUUUAUGACAAUGUGGCGGAGUCUCCGGACGAGUUGUCCUUUCGGAAAGGCGACAUCAUGACCGUGCUGGAGCGGGACACGCAGGGCUUGGAAGGCUGGUGGCUCUGUUCGCUGCAUGGCCGGCAAGGAAUUGUUCCUGGCAACAGGCUGAAAAUACUUGUUGGCAUGUAUGAUAAGCAGCAGCAGCAGCAGCUGCAGCAGUUAGCGAACCAACCCAGCCCAACCCAGAGCCUCAUCAACCUGCCUCAGAGUGCCUACAACAAGAUCCCCCCUGCAGCCCAGUACACGGCCAUGCACCCCGCCUUUACCCCCUCCGGCUCUGCCAACUCCACCAACCCAGACGGCGUUUACAUGCUGCCCCCCAGCCAUGGCUCCAGCCUCUACCAGGUGCCCUCCGGCCCCCCGACUCCACAGCCCCAACCUAAAGCCCCUGCUUUGACACAAAAGCAAAGUCAUGUGCAGUACCCUCCCACUUCACAGGAUGUCUACCAGGUGCCCCCCUCCAUUAAUGCACCAGGCCAGGACAUCUACCAGGUGCCACCCGCCGCAGGAGGGCAGUGUCCUGGGCAGGAUGUGUACCAGGUGCCACCCUCUGUGAACCAGACACAGGAUGUUUACCAGAUUCCCCCGUCUAUAGACAGGAGCUGGGACUCUCCCAAACCCAUGGGGAAGGUGGUUGUUCCCACACGGGUUGGUCAAGUGUAUGUGUAUGACACGGGGAAGAAUGAACAGGACGAAUAUGAUGUCCCAAGGCACCUUCCACCCAGCCAGGACAUCUAUGAUGUGCCACCCACCCGUACCCAGUACAGUCAACAGGUUUAUGAUACUCCUCCCAUGGCAAUGAAAGGCCCACCCAGUAGAGAUGGUCAGGAGAUCUACGACACUCCACCUAGCGUGGACAAGAGCCAGCUACACUACCAACAAACGGUAUAUGACAUUCCUCCAUCUGUCAGCAAAGAUGUUCCAGAUGGUCCAAUCAGGGAGGAAACGUAUGACGUUCCUCCUCAUUUUGCCAAGAUGAAGAGCCUGGAGAAUCAGAACCAAGCCUAUCUGUCUCAGAUCCCUGGCGGUCCUGAGCCUCCCAUACCAGAGGAUGUCUAUGAUGUUCCUCCUCCUCAGCUAAUAGGAAAACGACAGCCUGAGGGCCAGGAGAUCUACGACAUCCCUGCCAGCCUGCGAAAAGGUGGCCCACAGGACCACCACCCCACAGAUGUGUACGACUUCCCUCGCGAGCGCCCGGCAGGCGAAGAUUCAGGCGAUUACGUGUAUGAUGUGCCUCCACAGGUGGUCCGUGAUGCAGCGGCCACCGAGGAGCUCACAGUCAGCUUCAAACGGCUGUCAGCGUCCAGCACCGGAAGCACUCGCAGUAAUCUCUCCACAUCCUCUUUGGACAUGGUGCCAGUGCGGGAAUCUUCCGGGGCAGGUCGCCUGCUGCUCCUGGAUCUGGACCAGGCUAUGGAGCGGCUGUCCCGUCAUCAACAGGCUGUGGAGAGCUCCGUUUCCCUCCUCAUGUCGUUCAUCAGUGGAAACUGGCGCAGCUCCACUCAGAUGGAGUCCAACCUCCCUGCCAUCCGACAGGCCGUGGACCGCAUCCGUGUGGCAGUCAGGGACCUGCUGGAAUUCGCUAGAGGUGCUGUAGCCAAUGCCACCCAGGCCACCGACCGCACACUACAGACCAAGCUUGGCAAGCAGGUGCAGAAGAUGGAGGAGGCCUUCCAAGGUCUGGUGAGGUACAGUCAGGCACUGGACACUUUGGGCUGGUCCCCUGCAGCCCUGAUGACAUCUCAGCCAGGCACAGGUGGGGAUGACCUGGACCGGCUGGUCAUGUGUGCACGUGGUGUACCUGAUGACACCAAGCAGUUAGCAUCGUUUCUCCAUGGCAAUGCCUCUUUGCUCUUCAAACGGACAAACAAACAGCAGCAGCUUCCUUUGCCACCCGUUCCUCAUACCGGUGACUCGCUGACCAAUAAUAACAACAUCUCAGCCUAUCAGUCAGGGACACCAGAAAGGGCCAACAUUCAGUCCCGCCCGUUACCCUCCCCUCCCAAAUUCUCAGCCGAGGAGGAGGCUCCAGAUAGGCCGUAUGAAACGACAGAGGAGGGUUGGAUGGAGGACUAUGACUAUGUCCAUUUACAGGGUAAAGAAGAGUUUGAGAAGAACCAAAAACAGCUGUUGGAAAAAGGGAGCAUCAAACAAAACAAGACUCAGCUUGAACAGCAGCAGCUAAAGCAGUUUGAACGACUAGAGCAGGAGGUGUCUCGACCAAUCAACAAUGACAUUUCGGGUUGGACCCCGCCCUCUCACUACCCCCAGACGCAGCGCAGUAAACUGUGCAUGGGCGACCGGCAGCUACUGCUCUUUUACAUGGAGCAAUGUGAAGCCAACAUCACCACGCUCACCAACGCCAUCGACGCAUUCUACUCGUCCAUCAACAACAACCAGCCGCCCAAAAUCUUCGUCGCCCACAGCAAGUUCGUCAUCCUCAGUGCCCACAAGCUGGUCUUCAUCGGAGACACGCUCUCCAGGCAAGCCAAGUCUCCCGAGGUUCGCACCAGAGUGGCACAGCACAGCAACACACUCUGUGACAAACUCAAAGACAUUGUGGUCAGCACCAAAACAGCAGCCCUGCAGUACCCGUCGCCAGGGUCCACCAGAGACAUGACAGAGAGGGUGCGGGAGCUGGCGGGGUGCACCCAACAGUUUCGCAUGGCACUCAAUCAGCUACUGGCCAUGUGAGAGCCUCGGAACAGGGCCUCUUUUAAACUCACUGGACAAAUGUAUCCUGUGCCACAAGCUUUUUAUCUCCAGGACUAAAUGAUUAAUGGGCAGAACCAUUGGUUGUAAAUGAAUCAUUGUAAAUAUUUAAGUUGCUGUAUGUUGGGGUGAACAAAGACGGUUGAGGAACUUUUGGAACAAGGGAGGAGAGAGAGAUGGAGAUUAUCUAGGGUAGAUUUAAGACGUUAUGCAUUAUUAUAGCCAAACUGUAAUUAUUGCUCUGAUUAUUAUAAUUGUCAUCAUUAUUAUUAUUAUUAUUAUGAGAUGCUGACUAAAGGUGUUUAAAAUUUUAAACGUGUAUGUAGAAGUACAACCAUUUCCAUCACAGAUCAACAACCAAGGCUUUUUAUAAAUGAAUUGUGCCUGUUGGAAGUGUUAAGGGCAUUUAACGUCAAUGCUCUUUUAUCUGCUGUUCAUAGAGGGUGUGUCAGUGUGAACGUAAAGCAUGCCUGGAGUGAGCCGAUUAACAGGUUUCAGCUGCAUACAAAAUCGCAUACUUUCAAAGUAUAUAGUAGGCUAAAAAAUAGUACAUCAGAAUUCAUUAAAGAACUGAUAGAGUCUAUCUGGAUCUUGAAGUGGGCAUAUGAUUCCAUUAGGCCACAGGAGAGGAUUAUGGUAGUGAAAUGAUGCAAUUGAUGCCAGUUGGUCACAUGAUCAGGACAAUAUGGCGAAUGUAGUACAUUCAUUCUGAUUAGAAAAUUCAUUCAUUUUCUUUUCGGCUUAGUCCCUUUAUUAAUCGGUGGUUGAAACAGCUGAAUGAACCGCUAACUUAUCCAGCAUAUGUUUUACGCAGCGGAUGCCCUUCCAGCUGCAACCCAUCACUGGGAAACACCCAUACAAACUCAUUCAAACACACACACUAUGAACAAUUUAGCUUAACUAAUUCACCUGUACUGCAUGUCUUUGGACUGUGGGGGAAACCGGAGCACCAGGGGGAAACCCAUGUGAAGGAGAACAUGCAAACUCCACACAGAAAUGCCAACUGACCCAGCUAAGGCUUGAACCAGUGACCUUCUUGCUGUAAGGCAACAGUGCUACCCACUGUUCCACCCCUUUUACAUAUAUCAUAUAAGUACAAACUACUAAAAAGAGUAUGCGAUUUUGGAGCGCAGCUGCCUCCUUAUUUACUGUGAGAGUUUCAAUCACAUAUUUCCACACUUUCUCCAUAGCAAUGUGAUGGAGAACACAAAUUUUUCUAAAAAAAACAAUGUAAUGAUAUAUUUCCUGCCUGUAAGCUCCACGAAUGCCUGCUCACGGCUGUGCCCCUCUGGCAUGUUUUAGGCUAGUUUGAAAACGUAUCACACCACUGUUAUUCAGUCCUUUCGCAUCUUUUGACCUUUACUGUAGUGCCACAUCCUGCUGGACAGGUGCAUUGUGGCAACAAAAUUCAGUCCUUGAUUCUGAUCUUUGUCUUAAAUCACAUCUGUCAUAACCUGAGGCAUUCAGUGCACAAAUGUACUAGAUCCAAAACCAGCUUGUAUCAAAAAAAAAAACUCUUCCCCCAUUGCAUCUGAUUUCUGAAGCUCAACCUCCCUCGCAUUGUCUUUUAUCUCCCUGUUGGUUGUAUUCUCAAUUUAAGAAUAUGUCAGAAACAGUAGUUUAAUGAAACUUAUUAAACUUUUUUAGUACUGCAACAUGUUGUUGUGCAUAUAGUCGAAAUCCUUAUCCAUCUGAAAAAAAAGAAAGAAAAAAAAGCAUUUAAGCCAAACGCGGUGACCUGAUAUAUGUUGUAUUGUUAUUCUGUUCUCAAAUCUGUGUCCAAGGAUUUGAAUGAUAUUGAUAUAUGUUACUGUAAAUUGCAUAACUGGAAAUAUAUGUUUAAUAUAUUUUCAUUAAAAAAUACAUUUUCAGUCCAA